CCGGUUUCACAUUUUACGUGGCAGUAACGCGAUUUACGCAAAUGCAAAUCGUCGGACGACUGAUUAAGUCAAGUAACACGAUAAAGAUAUCAGAUAAAUUCGUUGGUCUAAAGCGAUAACAAUUCUACGCCUAUAGCCAACAUUAUACGCAAUUACAUAGAGACGAUCCCAAUCUUCUUUAUAUAUACAUAUUCGUUAUGCGGACUUAAAUACAAAUAUGUAUAGUGAUAAAAUAAAUUCUGAAUGAAAGAAAAUAUUCUUUGAUGGUACUUCGAUAUUCUGCCCGGUUGUCUAGCCUUAGCUUAAAAUGUAAAUAACUGAUUCGUUUGCUUAAACGAUCGAUCGAACAUUCCAGUACAUUCGAAUUUGAAUAAAGGAACGGCAAAUUAGAAUAUACUGGAUUAUCUCAGAUAGGAGAAAGAACUCGUUUAUCUACAGAUUUAAAUUUGACCAUGCGUUCUAAACGAUAAAAUAAGAGCGGUGAGUUUCGCGCGCUCUACGCCAGUAGACAGAUGACCUAUAUGGGAGCUGCACGAGCAUGAGCGCGUCUACUCUGAAGUUAGUUCUAAGUUAGCCGUGCAAGCCGCCGGCUGUCACAUGCAACUACACGCAGCCAGUCAAUCCCGUCGACGCUUGACGGUGCGUUGUUAUAUGAGAUACGCAUUUGGUAGUUAAGAACCGUCGUUCUCGGCUCGGCAGCAAUCAAAUCAAAGAUCGUAAUAGUUGCGCGUCAGCAAACGUUUGGUCAUCGACACGACAUGCAUCGGCAUGCGACGGCAGUGCCGUAGUCGAUCGAAACGGGACAGGACAAGGCCGCGUAGGCGCAUCGUUAUGAAAGGAACCAGCCGUUGUCUGUGAGCGCAAAAACGUCCUUACAUGAAGUACCGGAAGGAUCGGUGAACCUCGAACAAGGGAGUCCUGCGAGUCACAGCCACAAAACGACGUACAUCUACCGCGAACACCGCCGAUUCGCGUAAUGAAAGGUGUGCAUCGGUCGAAGACACUCUGAGCGAAGGAAAAACAGAUAAACAGGCACGUACGUUGACGCGUCGUUGGCUGCGAGAGGGGAGUUCGAUGCAUCGGUAAAAAUUGGGGAGGAUCGCGUCGGUGCAUUGGAUGUCAGUGAUUCGCAAGUCGGUCCUUGUCGGGCGUUAAACCGAAAGAGGAUCGAGAGAGUUCGUGUGCCCUCCGACGGCACAGCGCGUGCCGGCGUUUUCUCGAGUGCUCGCGUAGCCGUGGACCGGGCGGCUACGCAGCCACCUUCUAAGCCCACCGCGUGAAUGUGUUGGAAGCGGUGGCCACGUCUUCGUCGUCGUCGUCGUCGUUGUGACCGCCGUGAAAACGGUGCUACACCAAAGUGGAAGUCAUUACAGCAUCAUCGAUGGCCCGCGCGACUCUGCCUCUGCCCGGAUGUCCGUGAUCGCGGCGCGACGGGAACGUCGUCGAGGAUGCCGCGGACAUCGUUCUCCAUACGUCCCGGAAGGAUGCCGGGCUUUCGUUCGAUUUCGAGGCACGAAAACAUCGAAUAAGUCUGACGACACGAGAGACAGAUAAGGAAAGUGUGUGCGAGCAGAGUAACAGGAGGGUGAGCCAGGAGAACAUCGGAGGUUAAGCCCUCCGAGCUGCGAGUAUCUUUAAUUCGAAGAUGAACUCCAUGAUAUAUACCCUCUACGGGUUCGCAAUAUUUUUCAUGGUAUUCUGGUGUUCAAUGUGGAUCGUUCAUGCACUGGCACUGGUCGUCGGUCACUGGAAGCUGCACCGCAAAGUGGUUCAAUCGCCAACGUACGAAACGCCCUUACCUGGUGUCUCAGUGAUAAAGCCGUUGAUGGGUGUCGAUCCGAAUCUGUUCAACAAUCUAGAAACAUUCUUCACGAUGCAAUACCCCUGUUACGAGCUGUUGUUCUGCGUGGAGGACGAGUCGGAUCCAGUGUUAAUGUUAGUGCGCAAGUUGAUGGAGAACUACCCGGAGGUGAACGCGAGACUGUUUAUCGGCGGGCGCAACGUGGGCGUGAAUCCGAAGAUCAACAAUAUGCAGCCGGCGUAUGAAGCGGCUAAGCACGAGCUGGUGUUGAUCAGUGACAGUGGUAUCAAGAUGAAAGAAGACACGCUGUUGGAUAUGGUCAAUUAUAUGACGGACAACGUCGCGUUAGUGCAUCAGAUGCCGUUCACGUGCGAUCGCGAGGGUUUCGCCGCCGCGUACGAGAAGAUAUUCUUUGGCACGGUGCAAUCGCGCAUCUACCUGGCCGCGGACAUUCUUAGGAUAAACUGUCACACAGGGAUGUCGGCGCUGCUGAGGAAGGCGCCGCUCGACGAGGUAGGCGGGUUAAAGACAUUCGGCGUGUAUCUCGCAGAGGACUUUUUCUACGCAAAGUCGUUGACCGACCGCGGCUGGCGAAUCACCGUCUCCUCGCAGCCGGCGUUACAGAACAGCGGUCACUGCGAGCUGCACUCGUUCCAGGCAAGGCUGCGGAGGUGGACGAAGCUCAGGGUGGCCAUGCUGCCCAGCACGAUCGUUCUCGAGCCGCUCAGCGAGUGUUUAGUGUUAGGUGCCUGUGCUUCCUGGGCGGCCAGCGUGCUCUUCGAGUGGGACUCGCUUGUUUUCUAUCUUGUACACAUACUAUUGUGGUUCAUGCUCGAUUGGACGCUGCUCAGCCUCGUGCAAAACGGUCCGCUGCCGUUCAACAAAUUAGAGUUCGUAUGCGGGUGGUUGCUCUGCGAGAUCACUAGGCCUUAUCUCUUUCUUCAAGCGGUUCUAGACCCUCUGAUACAGUGGCGGUCGCGUGUCUACAAGCUCAGGUGGGGUGGUGUCGCAGAGGAAGUAAAAGCGAAAGUCAAAUAUUAAAGCUUUAUGUAAAGAGAAAGAACUUCUUUUCUCUUCGACUUUUCUUUUUUUUUUUCUGAAGUUUCUUUUGUAUAUAUCAACGUGUACAUUAAACGAUCGACAUCCGCUCGUGGGUGUUCUUGUAAUAUCUGAUAUAUUUAUGCUAUUAUGCAUACAGUACUUGUUAUAUACUUGUAUUAUGUUAGAAGGAAGAAAAAAUACGCGCUGUCUACGCACGACAAGCGUUAAAAAAGAACGUGCUCGCGCGCGCGCUUACGCUCAUGAUCGAAUACAUUCAUUCGUUCGCCGCAUACACCCUACGUAAAUAACAAUAAUCACGACAUGCACGUGCGCGCGCCUACGAUUUUUCAAUUAUUCAGCAUAUCAUUCCCGUCAGCUUAAAGCGAAUUACACAUUUCUCGUGCAGUCUUCUUUGAAAAGAGAACUGCUAUGGUAUAAAAAAAGUAUAUUCGUUUUUAUGGUAGAUUAGGGUGGGAAACUAACGCGGUUAAUGCUCGUAAUACUUUCUUUUUCACGUUUAUGCCUGGAACAAGGCCGAUAAAAGCUUUUUAGUUGCCAUAUGCUAUCCAAUUUUAAAUUAUUGACGCGUUUUAAUACUUAAUUUGAACGCGGUUACGCGAUCAACUCAACAUUUGGUUGACGUAAUCGCUUCGUUCGUUCUCCGUAUAUUUGCACGGUAAUUAUUCCGGUUGUGUCGAUAACCGUUGGACGGUUAUUUUAAACGUUUACACGCGUUUUGUUUGUCCGGUGAUGGAAAUUAAGUAAAACAAUUACAAAUCGGGUUGAGAUCGAUGAGAGGGUUACGGUAAUAUUCGUUGUCAGCACUGCAUCGUUUGCUUUCAAGUCACUAAACGCGUUUCUAUGCCGAUCAAACGAGAGAGGAUACGCGUGCUAGCAAAAGCGAUUAGUUAAUUCACUGCGAAUUGUCAGUGUCAUCCUUUGAAAUAAGGGCUCUCUUAGCCUUGUUCUAUUGAGAAACUCUAUAAACGCGUUUUAUUAAAGCGGAUCGCCAAAGAGUUGUUUGAAAAUUGAAAUUUUUUAAAACUAUUUUAAGAUAUAAUUUUUUACACGUGUGCAUCAUAUUUCGACUAUACACACGAUUUUUCUUAUAAGAAAUCAGCGCGAACUAAAUCGUGAUGCAUCGUAUUUGUUUUAAUUAUUUAUUAAUACUCCUAGCUAAACUAAUAGCAUUGAUUUUCUCGAGUUUUUCUUUCUGGCCAAACUAUAGUUUCGCCUUUGGAACUUGUCCAUUUAUUCGUAUAUGUGAAUAGCAAUGAGACUAUUUGGCAAGUAAAAAAAUUGGUAUCCUUGAGAAAAUCAAUAUGAAACAUGCUAUUGUUUUGGAGUCUAAGUCUGAAAACAUGUAUUUAUCUAUUGUUAUUUAUUUUCUAUUGUUUUCGUGCAGUUACAUAUGCGACAUUGCAGCAAACAUAUCCUCUCUCGCAAAUUUUUAUGUAUUUUCAUAUAUGUAUCGACUUCUUUGAAGAGUCACUCUUCAUUUUUAUUGCGAAUCGUCUCGUAUGCACAAGAACGAUGUCAAAUAAAAUCGAGUAAUCGACACGAUUCCAUUAAGCGAUCAUAUCGCUGACGUGUUCGUUCUUUUGUAACUACAUCUCUAUUCUUGAUACGUGUAAUUGCAAAGCGUUGUCACUUCACUUAAAAAUACAACUGUAGAAGAAUUUCCAUUACGCGAUUCAGUUGUAUCAUACUAGUUAUCUGUGUUUUACAAAAUAUUAGCGAAAAAAAAUGUGCAAUAUUAGUUUUAUCAUUCGAAUUGACGUUUCGAAAGCAGUAGAUAUUUCCUUCGAUUGUUUUCACUGAUUAUUAUUCGUGAUGGAUUUCUCGUUUCGAUGGCCAACAAUCGAUUUUACUGUUGUUCAGUUUCUAGGAUCAGGAAUUUCGUUUAAGGAUGUAUUGGCUAUAUAGUCAAUCCCAAAAGUUUAUGCACUUUAGAAACGCAUUUUUUAAAAAGAAA